UAAAUUACAUUCCAUUGAAAGAAUAAAGGUAGAUUGAGUCACACAACAAUGUCGCUCUAAGAAGUCUCUGGGCAUGUGAGGUGUAUAGUGUGUCUAUAUUACGUUUGUAUUGUACGUUUUAACCUGUACAUUGUGAAUAUGCAAUAAAGAAGAAAAAUAAAAAUCAACAAAGACAUAAUUUAAAACGACGAAGGAAAGAACGAAAACGUGAAGUCAAUAUCGUAAUAACAUUUUUGUUUUGGCUAAAAAUUAGUUGUUUGUAAAUAACGUUCGGUAAGGUAACCAUUUUUUGGGUGAUAAAGCAGCAAGGUGGAUUUUUUAUUGAUAAAUUUAGUGUCCAUUAAAGACUAAGUUACAAACAAAACAAAAAGAAAAAGAAGUUCCAUCGAACUCUAUAUGACCAUUGUAAAACAUUGAACGCAAUAUAUUGUUUAACAUUGGCAAACAAUCAAAUUUUAGAAAACAACAAAACAAUUAAUUUGUUUUACAGAAAACACGGUGUGUGUAAAAACAGUGAACCUCUAAAAAAAGAGAAAAGAAAUCGCAAGAAGUUUUUUUUAUUUAGCAGAAGACAGUAACAUCCAACCAAAGGUGUAUUGUUAUUCAUUAAAUCAUCGUUUUUUUUUCUUUACUUAAAUACAUAAAAAAAAACUUUUAGAUAACAGUGUUUCGGUCCAAUUUUAUUUUUCUUUUUUUACCUAAAAUGAGACCAAAAUCAUUAAUGCCACAUGUGAAUUAAAUGGAAGUGAAAACAAUCAAAUUUACGUUCAUUUUCCAUAUCAACAUUUUCCAUCAGUCUAAUAUGUAUACUAAACGGAACAAAAUCAACCUUCCGUAACUAAAAAGUUCGCAAACUUAUAAACGUUAUUCAUCUCGGAAUUUGUAUAAUUAAACUAUCAAAACGAUGACCUGGUACUGGUGGACCCAUUGGUUUUGGAUUACAUCACUAAGUGCCACCAUUAACUGCUAUGCACUUGGUUCAGUUGACACGUCUCCUUCAUCCAGCCCGUUCAAUCAUGGCAAAAUCUAUAACAAAGGUGAACCACUCAAAUUUCCCAUUGCCGUCCAAAGUGAUUCCGAUGAUGUAAUUGACGGAAAAGAAUUGCUUGAAGCUAAAUUUCACGAAGAGUGGAUGACUUCUGAACGGAGGUCCGAGAAUUUGGAGAAAAACGGCAAAGAUCUCAUGGAGUUUGAUAAAAACGAAACUUUAAUUGAUAUUCCGGAAGUAUUUCCACUCGAUCACAUUGAAAAUAGUUCUAGGAUAAUCGAACCGGUGAAUCACACUUUUGGUUCCAAAAAAUACAACUCUUCGUUCACAAAAAAUGUCGACAGUCUUCAAAAUUCCAUUCAAUCCAAUAUUCCAAUUACAAAAGUGUCUCAAGUAAAUGUGACCACAGCUGCACCGAAAGUGGAAAAAAUUACAAAACUGAAAAGCAUAUCAAUUAAAUCUCAGUCUUCGAGACCUGACGUGUAUGUAAAUAAGCAAAAUGAAAGUGAAUUAACCACGGAACCGGAAGUGAUACGAGAAGAGACGGAAAAGCAAGUGAUAAGCGAAAGGGGGCGUCAAUCAAAAAUAUUAGCAGAAUAUAGUCAAACGUUAAAAAUUGUGAAUCUCACAUUGGGAUCGAAAAAUCUAUUGGAACGGUCAGCAAAUGAAGUGGACGGAGACGAUGAACUUAAUUCGGAAGCUUUAACAAUCAAGCGUGCAACUAUUCUCGACGCAGGUGCAAUAUCUGGAAUAUGCCUAGCUGUAGUCGGAUUGUCUUUCAUAGUCAGUGCAAUGGGAGUUAUGCUUUAUCGACGACGGUACGUCAACAAACCGCAAACACUCAGCGAACCUGAUUCCAGCGGCUACAUUGAUGACAGCACAAUGAGGGAUAAUUCAGACGAAAUGUACAGCUUGGACAAUGAUUCGUUUUUAAAUUCUUUGGAAGCAAUGACCAUUCAAAAUUACUGGACUGAUAAUGUAAAACAUACCAAGCUGUAGAUGAAAUAUCAAACAAACAAAAAAUCUGAAUUGUUGUCGACAUAUACAAGCGUACAAGGAACAUUUACGUCUACAUUGGAAAUGAUUUAUUUUUAUACAAAGCAAACAGAAUUGUAGCCAGACUUACAUUAGACGGUAGGUUCCUUCCAGAAAAUUUGGUCGGAAAUUUGUGAAAUUAUUCUACGAAAAUUUCAUUCCAUUUGUCCAUUGAAACUUACAAAACGAUAUUUAGACGACGAGCAGUAGCUGUUCCAAUAAUCAAAUUAGUUUAGUUUUCUAUUUCCGUACCUAUGAUUCCAAACGUUAAUUCAAUUGCUAAAAGCAAUGUUAAUGCCUUCGAAUGUGUACAAUGAACGAAACGAUUUUUUGAAUUUGAUGGAAUUUCCUGGAACGUCUUUGGGCAUUUGAGGAAUGGGCAGUGAGGCAGUGACUAUAUGGGCUAAAAACGUUUGGCCCAGUGCCGCUUUUAGCUUUUGGGCGCCAUCGGGCAAUUGGAAAAAUAGGCGCCAAUUUAGUAAAGCUAAAUUUUUUUUAAGGAUCUCGGGCGCCAUUUACUUCUGCUCCACUUCGGGCGCCACGGGCAUUUGCCCAUUUGGCCCAUAUGGAAAAGGCGGUACUGUUGGUCUAAUGGGUUGAAAGAAUUGAGCUGAUGGAUAAAGGUUGCCUGAAGGCGCAACUUCGUUUCGCAAGGAAUCUUUUCAAUGGAGUAAUCCGUCGGAGGCAUUAACAUUGAGUCAACCUAGCUAUUUAAACUUGGUAGAUAAGUUUUUUAUAAAAAGAAACUGGAUGUGACGAUUCGGCACUUAGGCUGGUUGCAGGACUGUUUGCAUGCAUUGAUGUUAGGCCAUUUUGGCACAGUCCCGAGUUUAUAUUUUCCUAAAAUGUGAUAGAUGAAAACAGAAAGUU